AUGGCAGAAGGAAAUAUAACAUUUGUGACUGAAUUCAUUUUCUUGGGACUCUCUUCUCAACCAAGGGCUCAACUCAUUCUUUUCAUCAUGUUUUUAUUCUUCUAUUUAUUGACAGUACUUGGCAAUCUCAUCAUCAUCACAGUAAUCCAGAUUGAACCCCGUCUCCAAACACCUAUGUAUUUUUUCCUGACUAAUCUGUCCUUCCUAGACAUCUGUUACACUACAACUAAUGUCCCACAAAUGCUUUCCAAUAUUGUGGGGAAGAAAAAGACCAUCUCCUUUAUUGGCUGUGCAAUUCAGAUGUAUUGCUCCCUCUCCUUUGGGAUGAUUGAAUGUGUCCUUUUGGGGGUCAUGGCAUAUGACAGAUAUGUUGCUAUUUGUGCCCCAUUGCACUAUACAGUCAUUAUGAACAAGCGCACUUGUGUUCAAAUGGUCAUCAUUUCCUGUACUAGCAGCUUCCUAAGUUCUAUGGUGAUAAAUGUCCUCACCUUGAGAUUGCCCUACUGUGGGCCUAAUGUGCUGAACCACUUCUUCUGUGAAGUACCCUCAGUAUUAAGGUUAGCAUGUACAGAUACAUCUUUCACAGAGCUGGUAGUGUUCAUCUUUAGCAUCAUAAUUGUCUUCAUUCCAUUCCUUCUCAUUGUGAUUUCCUAUGCCCGCAUCCUCCUAUCAGUUCUCAGGAUGCGUUCUGCAUCAGGAAGGCUUAAAGCAUUGUCUACCUGUGCCUCCCACCUGACUGUGGUGGCUUUGUUUUAUGGGACGGCCAUCUUCAUGUACAUGCGGCCUCAAUCCAAGUCCUCCCGGUCUGGAGGGAAGAUCAUUGCUGUUUUCUACACUAUUAUCACCCCGAUGCUAAACCCCCUGAUUUAUAGCUUGAGGAAUCAAGAUGUGAAAGGGGCCUUGAAAAAAGCCAUUAGCAAAAAGAGCCUAGCAUAA